AUGGGUUGGGAUAAGGUCAUUCAGGAUUCCGAUGAGGAGGAGCCUCUCAUUGAGGAUGAUUUCCCAGCUUCCCCUGACCCUCUCCAAGACCCGGAACCCCCAACAGACCAACAUCACGAUCAUCUCGCGCAACAAGAAACAUACCCGGAUGAGCAUACAAUCACAGAAGGCUUCCCAGGACCUCAAUUGAAUGUCAACUUCGAUCAAUUCUUACAGUCGCAAGGAACACAUACAGGUUCUACUGCAUCCCAGCAACAGCGUGAAGAAAGAUGGAUUCCCUCGACCAAUGAAGGCGGGGGUGGAUCAAUUAGUGCAAUGAUGACAGAAAUUGGAAUCGCGCAAGAACGAUUGUUUGACGAUGCUUCUAGCGGUGCCCAGCGUGUCCCUGCCACCGUGACCUUUUACCCCAGCGAAAUCUCCCAGCCAGGAUCAUUCCCGACUAUGCAGUCAUAUCAGUAUCAGCAGAUGAACCCAGUGGCUCAUGGGCAAUUCGGAUAUGGUGAGGUAUCUAAUAAUGCGCCGUAUGAGGCGACGCAGCUUCUUGUGCCGGGCGUUGCGCCCGCCUAUGACUAUAGUACGCCGGCUGCCUCGACCCAUGUUGAUUCACCAUCAGACGGUUUCACGGGUUCCACAUCGAUCCAAACCGGUGAAAAUCUAGCUGAUCUCCCUUUGAGAAAGAAUUUACAGCCUUCGCAACCAAUGCAAUCCAUGGCUUGUUCCCCGCAUGAUACUGAACCUCUUUCAUCCGUCGCAUCACCAGGUUUGAGCAAGGGCAAACAGGAGAAUCCGAGGUCUGGUCUCGUGUCUCCGCAACAUUCUCCGGCGAGCACGUAUGAUGAGCUUGCUCUACCCGCUGUUUACGUGGAAGUCCCCUCGGCCGUAAAGCGUGCUCGUCAAACAAAAAAGCCUCUCCCGGAAGAUGAUGACGAUGACGAACUCGCCAUUGUUGGGGGCCAUCAGCCUAGCUCAAGUAAGCUGACCGCGAAAUCUUUGCCAGAGGAUUCUCCGCAGGCUGCUUCUGUAGAAUCUCCCAGCAAAUACGUGCCGGAAAAUUCCAUUGCAACUGAGAAUGGCGGAACUGGGGCCGAAAACACACCAGUCGUGGAUGAGGCUGGCUCUGCCGACAAGACCAACAUACCACCUACAUUGCCCGAGAAUUCUGGCAAGUCAUCUACCAAAGAGCCCAAGAAGAAAAAAUCUAAACGGACGAAAGCGGCCUCUGCCAUUUCCAAAGCUCGAGUGUCAGAUGCUGAUGACGAUGUUGUUUGGGUCGACUCGCGGCCUCUGGCAAUUGGGGAGAUAGAAGGAAAGAACAAUCCAGAUACGGAGUCAACCACUGCUGACUCCAAUCACCUUGGAACACCACAACCAGAUCUAACCGCUUCUACUGAGGAGAGCUCCACUACGACAAAAUCCGGUGGUAAACCUGCCCCCAAGAAACGCGGGCGCAAGCGGAAGCAGCCUUUAGAGCAGCCUCUAGAGACUGCCCCAACGCAAGUCACAGAAGAGCAGGUUGCCCCAUCAAACAGUAAAAUCGUGGUCCUGAAAGUCAACACGAACCCAGCUGGAAGUUCAUCCGAUCCAAAACAUUUAACAAAGGCCGUUGGAGCAGAGAACUCAAUGCCACCACCCCAAGCAGAUCCUCCUGUGCCUCAAGCCAAUGAUCGGAGCGAGGCACCUCCACAAACCCCUUCAAAACCAGAUCAAAAUCCGAGUACACCUGUCGCUGGUAGCACAAAUACUCGGAAAGGACCAGCCAAGCACAGCCCCAUUUCAUCGACUAGCAAGGUACCAUACCGUGUUGGUCUGAGCAAGCGGGCUCGGAUCGCACCAUUGCUCAAAAUUGUGCGCAAAUGA